AGUAAUAAUUAUCGUUGAAUGAUAAUAGUAGAAGGCCGCAAGACCGACUGUUAUCUUAAUAAUAAAUAGUAGAACAAUUUUUUACAAUAACAAGUGGUUUUUUUGUGAGAAAAAAUUGGCAGAAAAUGGAAUUGAAAUGAAAUUAAAUAAAAAGUAACGAAAUUAUUGCUGUCGUCACCAGUAAUCUUAUCAACGAGGUUGAAGAGUAGUUAUUAAUACUCCCGUAAAAGUGGAAUUGUUAUGCUGAUUUAAUGCGUAGUCAUUGUCGCCAAAAUGCAAAAUAUUUCAGAGUCCAAGAACUUUUAAAAUAUUCUGCUUCAAAAAAAAAUCACGAAAUGACCAUUUAUUCCCUAGUUCCCCGUUCCACGAAUUUAUAAUCAGAUGUAAUAAAGAAAAUGUAAGUGUCAUCUAAUGAUAGGUGAUCGAGUGAGCGUCAAAAUAUGAAGAUUUUUGCAGUGUAUUCAAUCCCAGUGGAGAGAGAGAGAGAGUAUUGGUGAUGUCUCGUCGAGACUUUGUGACUGUAUGGAGGUGGAAGAGUCCAGUCGAGGGAAGGGAGAAUAAAUAUAACUGAGUGGGGCCUUGUAUCGCAUGAUAGUCUAACAGUACGUUCAACGUUCUCUAAUAUAUAACAGUGAACUAUCCGCUCAAAUAGUUGAUAUCAUUAAAUAUAAAAAAAAUAUAUAUAGAAAAUAAUCAGCGGUUGCAUCUCCAAUUAUUCCAGGAGUUACUCACUAGUGUCUUCAUUCUCUUACUGAUCACCGGUUUGACUGAGUGGAAAUGGCGGAGCUGAAGCAGUUCAAGAGGUCUGAAAUUAAGGAAACCGAGUCAAAGAAAACGAGAUUCAUAAUUCAUGAUAAAGUUUACGAUGUCACACUAUUUUUGAAUGAACAUCCUGGUGGUGAGGAGGUGUUGCUCGAUCACCAUGGAAAGGAUGCAUCCGAGGAUUUCGAUGACGUUGGACAUUCCACUGACGCUAUGGAGAUAAUGAAGAAGUAUUUAGUCGGGGAAAUAGUCGCGGAGGAGAGGACAAAUAGUGUACCGAAACAGGGAUGGGUCGCUGGCCAAGCGAAAAAAGAUGAGGCAAAUUCAUCCGACAAUUUUUACCUCUAUGUCGUGGGAAUCAUAGCACUUAUUAUCGGUUUCUGGUGGCUACAGAGUGCGUAAUUUAUUCCGGUGAUUAAAGAGGAAAGAUUCCAACUCUCAAGUCUCACAUUCCUGUAUUCAACAGCUAGAAUUAACAAAUUUAUGAAUUGAAUUUGCAGAUUAAUUUUCUUCAGCAGGUUCGUACUGAUGAAUUUUUUUACAUUAUAAUUUGAUGGAAAGAACGAAUAAAUCUCAUUAGAAAUUUAUAUGAGACAUUUUUCUUUAUCAUUGUUAACUCUUUCUUCGAACGUAGAAAGGACGACUUAUUAUCGGUUUAUGGUCUCACAUUCCUGUAUUCAACAGCUAGAAUUAAUAAAUUUAUGAAUUGAAUUUGCAGAUAAAUUUCUUCAGUAGUUUCUUACUGAUGAUUUUUUUUAACGUUAUAAUUUAAUGGAGAGAACGAAUAAAUAUCAUUACAAAUUUA